UCAAAAAAUGGAUCUUCCAAAGGAAGUUCUUGGAAGCAGCAAGCAAAACCCUAAGCUUAUCCCUAAAGGCUCGACACGAGCUCCCGACGACAACGGCACCUCAACACUCUUUCACUCGAUCGUUCGACCACACCACCGGAAAGCAAGACUGCUGUGUUGACAGACCAUGGAGAACCAAAUCAUAGCCGUCAACGACCAAGUGAAGCUGCUUCGAGCCGUUUUGCUUCGUUUUGUCGAGUCCGCGGCGCCGCUCGUAUUCAUUCGGGAGGCCUGCAAAACCAACAACGAUCUUGUCACACACGAAAUACUUCUUCGAGCCUGCAAAGGCGGCGCGGCUCCAGGAGCUGUGGCUUUUCUUGCAAAUGAGAUGCCAGAGCUCGUUCAGCAAGAAGAUUCGGAAGGCCUCUUGCCCAUCAACCACCUCGUCAUGUGUGCUCAAGUCGACGAGGACGAUGUGAAGGCGCUUGUGGAUAUUUUCCCCAAAGGGAUCACGCACAAAGAAGAGAACGACCGCAUUUCCCCAUUGAACCAUAUCAUUGCAACGUUUUCGGCGAAAAUGAUACUCUACUGCUUUCAGAAGUUUCCCCGAGAAGAAGUAAAGCUUACCCUGAUUCUGCUGAGCCAAGCCACGGUCGCAUCACUGGGGAGCCUUCGUCAAGUUCUUCGAACCGGUAUCGAUUGUGGCUGCAUGACGGGUAUUUCUUUGCUCCUUGAUCGGCAACAGAUCAAAACAAUUCUCAUUUCAAAUCUUUUUGCCUGGGAGGAAGGCAUCUAUGCACAGUUUCUCUCCCGAAUCGUUUGCAAUGCGGCCGUGGAAGCUUUAGGAAUGUCGAAUAUGGCAUCGACACCCAGCAAUCUGGCCUCGACACCCAGAAAUCUGGAAACUGUCAUGAACGUGGCGAGAUCUGGUACAUGCGCCUUGAAAGUACUUUUCCUGGACCAGCUUACGUGGUGGAAUUUGCUCGAGGUGGUCCCUUGUAUGCACCAUCUUCAAUUUUUGGGCAUCAUAGGGGAUACUUCCGGAGACUGCUAUCAAGCAUAUUCCCCAUUGCUCUGCCGAGUCUUCGAGGACAUCAAUUGCAGAAUCAUACUCUUGGAAAUCGAGGACCGACCAGGAAGUUUGGAAGUGAUGCUCCCGCUUCUUCGAAGCUUUCAACGUCACAACGUUCUCAAGUCAUUCACAUUCGAGGUUCUAUCAAAGGAGAACGAGAGUUCGGAGGACUUUGAAGCGGUAUGCGUUGCCCAUCUAGCAAACCUUCCACACGACCUGGCUGCGCUUCUGAAGGAAGGCAAGAAUAUGACUCUGCAGGAAGUAUCUUUUACGCCAAGUCCACAUGCUGGCCUCACUCCAGUCACCGACCUGCAUGCACUCAUUACGCUGAAUGCAUGCGGUAGGUGCCUCAACCCGACCAUUCACCAAUUUGUCAAGCUCCUCAUUCGAGUUUCGUCGAAAAGAAUCUCAGAGGACCAAAUUCGUUGGGAUGACCCCGUGAACUUCACCUGGGAAGCAAGGUGCCGUGCAAUGGGGCAAAAGAAAGACCCGUUGAAGUUUGAUUCGGAUGCUGCUGAGACUCAACGUGAGGAAAUUGUUGCAGGGAUGAACGGUGCCCGCCACGUGAAUGCGUACUACCAUUGCAUUCAUGAAAGUCUCCAAUGCGACGGAUUGGGUCUCUUGCAGCAACUCCGUGAUUACGCGUCUGCCGACUUAAGAAGGAGCUGUCUGCAAAUGGACGUUGCUCGACGUCCCGCGGCAACUGAGGUGGAUUGUUUGUAAUGCCAGGUUUGACACAUAGUGCGCAGUGAUAAUAGAGUAACUGUAAGAUACGUGCACCCUUUCAGCCUCUUGGCGUGCUCCGACGAUCGUUUAUACUAGCAACUCAGUACAGCCACAAUUGAUUUCCUGCCUUGUGUGGUGUGGCUGUCCUUCGCGAGCGAUGUCGUCAUGAUUGAUACGGUAGUAGUAUUCGGUCAAGAUGCGAAGAGUACCGGUACCGCAGAUGUUACCAAAUGUCAAUUCUAUCAUUGUUACCCUGUUUAUGUACAUGUCGGUACGGCAAGUUUUGCGUCACCCCACCUUGACGUUAUUCAUUUCAUUUUGUGACGGAGGCGUGCUGGUAUCCUACUCUCCUGCCAAAGCCCUUCAUUUUCCUUCUGAUCCACAAUCCAUCCUUUUUCAUUCAUUCUCGCACAAAGAGCGUCCCUUUGCUACUAAUGCUACUUCGAGCACUGGAAUGGCUCCAUCGACCUCUCGGAUGAUCUUCGUCGAGUUCCGAGUCACUGGCCAUUGAUUCGGUGGCAAUGGUCAGUUCCGAAGUGGACGUCUUCUUUUGAAAAAUAAUCAUGGCGGCCGAAUCUUCCAAGUUGGCAGAAGAGUUGUUGUUGUUGGACAAGGAUUUCAAUUUGGCGGAGAGUCGUUGUUGGUCGUAGUCUUCUUCAAUUUCCACUCGUUGUUGCGCUGCUUGUCCUUGAUGUUGCAGAAUCUCUUGCACUCGAUCACACACCGCCGCCAUGCUCAAUCGUUGUUGCAAGUUUUGAUUCCAUGCUUGAUGCAACAACGUUUCCAAUUCCCGUGCUAGCAAUCGUGCCGAUUCGUCCGUCUGACAUUCCGCCGGCCAUUGAAUCUCCUUUAUGCGCGGUCGUCCACCGAGUCGACAGACGAGUUCUUCGUGCAACUGACACGUAAAGAGGGCGAAUGGUUUUAUAUGACUCAACAUUUCGUAGAGCACCAUGGCCCAGGAGUAGACGUCUGCUUUGUAAUUGUACUUUCCGGGUGGAUUGAAUGUUUCCGGUGCCAUAUAACGACGUGUGCCACUAGCGGACAGCGAGUAGAGUUUGGAUUCGUUCGAUGCUGGUUCGUCGAGUUCCCGUGCCAAACCAAAGUCAAAGAGUUGCAACUUGUAUUGCUUCUUGUCGUCACCGUCACCGUCGUUGUCAUCAUGUGGAGCCGAAGAAUCCAGAAUGAACCCAACAUUCUCGGGCUUUAAACUAAAGAAGGAUGAUGGUGC